GGGACAAACCCUAAACGACUCUUUCCAAAUUCAAAAAGAAUCUGGUACCUUUCAGUUUGAACGCUCGUUUACACAUUAAUCCUUUUUUAGUUUACUCAAUGAAAUAUAGUGAAAUAUAAUAAACUAUCUUUUAUACUAAUGCAACGUGGAGACUUGCUAACGGCUAACCUGUAGUCCGACUUGCCUUUAAGGUGCGGAGUGAGACCUCUUCUUCAAUUUCUACCCAUCUUUGUAAGCAUGCUCACUCGUGUUAGCACAGCAGCUAGCUUACCUCAGAGGAAAACAUCCAAAUAAACCUCACUUUGAAGCCCUGACAUCACUCUUAAACCUGUUCAAGACCUCCACAUCAACUCUUGCUGACACGUCCUGUGCUGAGACAUUAUUUGUGCUCACCUGUAUAUAAUUAAUAUUGUUUUAUGAGAAGUUGAAUUAGCUAUGUUUACAGAGCUGAACAGUAUCCUGAACGCCUCACCAGACAGCAUCACACAGGGAGAGUUCAUCUUAAUCUCAGACCGACACAGUGAUGCUUCUUUCCUUAUACACCACUUCCUCUCCUUUUACCUGCGAGCACGCUGCAAAGUGUGCUUCCUGGGUCUGGUGCAGUCCUUCAAUCAUUACCAUGCAGUCAGUCAGAGAUUGGGUGUAAGCUUGUUACAGGCCAGAGAGAAAGGUCAGCUGGUCUUUCUGGAGGGCCUGAGCGAGUCCCUGUCUGUUUUGAUCCCUCAAGAGAGCAGCACAGGAAGUCAAGCCUUGGACUUUCUGAGGAAUCCUGCUGUCGGUCUGAAGAGUCUGUAUGAGUUUGUCAGGUCCAGUCUGAACGGUUCUGAUGGGGCAGAGGAGUGGGGACCUCCUGUGCUGCUGGUGGAUGACCUCAGCGUGCUGCAGAGUCUGGGGGUCAGCGUUGGAGCCGUGCUGGACUUCAGCCACUACUGCAGAGCCGCCGUCUGCUCACAGCUAAAGGGAAACGUGGUGAUGCUAACACGCUGUGAUGGGAGAGAAGAGGAGGAUGAUGGAGACGAUGAAGGCUCAGAGAGACUUCUGAAGGGUCUGACCCACCAGUGUAGCCUCACCCUUCAUGUACAGGGUCUCCCCACUGGCUACUGCAGGGACAUACAUGGGCAGGUGGAGGUGUGCUGGAGGAGGAGACACGAUGUCGGGCAGUACACUCUGAAGAAGCUCUUUCAGUAUAAGGUCCACGAUAAAGGAGCCUCCUUCUUUGCUCCUGGGACGUCCAGCGCUGUUCUUUAGUUACGCCUUAAACAUCAUGGAUUCUCUUCUGUCUCCUUUUUGUGUAAACGGACGAGAGCACAAGCUCUGACUUUGGAUGCUUACUUCUGUAAAGGGCCCAGUUUGGACUCUGGGCUGUGUGGAGGGAGAACAUCUGGAUCCUCACAGCUGAUAGCCGGCCUCCAGACUUCUCCAUCACUGCCUACUUCUUCUUCUUUUUUUAUUUAAGUAUAUAACAUAUGGGAAAUUCAUCUUAUAACCAGGGCAGUCUGUCGAAGGUGUGACUGCAAGUAGCCCACACUAUUACUAUUGUAGUGUGUUCACAGCAUGCUAUGACUGCAGACUGUUUACGAUUGUGAUGUGUAUGAUACAUUAAAGGGAGCUGUGGCUACUUUCAACCUUA